GACCGUAAUUUCUAAUUAUUCAAAUCAGAGUAAUGAAUACGCCCCAUUUGAACAAGAUGGCUUUUAUAUUUGAUCGAGAUCUUUUUCUUGUUCUUUUGUCACUAACAGUUGUCACUACUCUAAAGGAAGUAUACGGUGCUGGUAUAACAGUUGCUCCUACCUCCGCUAAUGUUUCUAUCUAUGACACAGCAAAGUUUAAUUGUGAAGGAACUGGCAAUGUACUGAAUUGGCUAGUAGAGAGUGCUCCACUGACAGAUUCUAUCAAACAACAAAGAGAUAUAUCUGUUACUGGUCCUGGUGGUGGUCCUGGUAACUUAUCAUCUGUACUUACUAUCAUUGGGUUACCUGUUAAUAAUGGGAUUCAAAUUUUUUGUCAGACUGUAUCAUAUCCUCCAUUUGUACAAGUGGUCUCUGGUGGUACACUAACAAUAAGAGGAAUAUCACCAGUUGAAGACAUACAAUGGUCUAAUGAUGAUCAGUCCUUGUCAUGGUCUCCUCCUUCUUUCUAUUCUGAUGAUAUACCACUAGGAACUGUCCCUACAUAUAAUGUACUAGUGAAUGGCACUAGUUAUAUCAAUACCACUGAUACUAGUGUAUGGUUGGAUACUACUGAACUACCUUGUACUAAUUUUACUGUCAGUAUUACUGCAUCUGUUGGACAAUAUGUAUCACAGGGGAGAGAAUAUAUAUUUAACAUCAUUCAAAAUCACACUAUUGAUAAGGAAAACCUCACAAUGACAUUUAAUGAAUUUAGCAAGACAUUUGAUGUUAAUCUUACUAGCUCAAUACACAGUAAUCAAUCGUGUAAGUAUAUGAUAGUUGGUACAGUGAAGCCUAAUGAAGGUAUAGAAGAAAACACUCAAGCAGUUGAAGCAGAUGACAAAGAAGAAAUGUUUUCAUACAGAAUGAUUGGAUUAAGACCAUGUACAAAUUAUACUGCUCUUAUUGAGACCAUUACAAAUUUUUUGAUUCCAUUCUCUACAUAUAAUGUACAAGAUGUGCUAGUAUCUAUUGAAGGGAAUGGAUCAGUUAGUGUACAGUGUGUGUUUGUAUCAGGAUCAACUGCUGAUGGAUGUCAUGUGAUAUUUACUGAUACUAGUAAUGGAAGGAAUGAAUACUUUAAUAUAACUGGAUCAGGCAAUACAAUAGUAUCAGUAUCAACCAGUGGAGUGUAUAAUAUAAUUGUUCGUGAUGUUAUUAAUGGGUACAUUAUUCCAUGGAAUUGUGUACAACCUAAACAAGUUAGCGUGACUCUUAGUACAACUGCUACUUCCUUUAAUGGAGGCAGCGCUAUCAGCUCUAGUUCUUCCUCUACUGCUAUCAGUAGUUUAACUUCUGAUAUUACUACACCAUCACCAACUGAUAUUAUUGGAAAUGAUGAUACACCAGGAAAUGCUGACAGCUUAAUGGUUUAUGUCAUUACUAGUGUGGUAUUUAUUGUUUUUAUAAUGAUGAUAAUAAUAUCCUUUACUUUGUGUGUGGUUGUUGUGACUAAAAGAAAGCAAAAGAACAAAGUUACACUAAAUGCAGAAAUUGCUGCCUGUCAUCAACCCCAAGCAGAGAUGAGUCAUUAUCAAGAGAUACCUAUUGGAACAGUAUCUAUUGAUGUGUCAAAUGAUGAAAGAUCUUCAGGUCCAACAAGUGAACCAGUACAAGGGAAUAUAGUGGAUCCUUAUCAUGUUUCUUCUGAUGAAUUACUAGCUAUAAGGAAUGGACAUUCUGUUCAACAGGAUAAUUCUCUUGUCACUACUACAUUGCCACAAGAGGGACAAACUCAAGACAGUUCAUCAUCCAGCUCUGACUCUUAUGGCUCACCUCCAAAUAGUGCUGCUCCAUUGAUACGGCAUGAUAAUGAGAACACUGGCAAUACUGAUUCUACUGUUACUGUUAGUAGCAGUACUGCUACUUAUGCUGUUAUUGGUAGGAGGACUGAUACUGCUGAUGUACCACCACCUACUGUCCAGCCUGUUGAAUAUGCUAAUGUUGCUGGAGAUAUUAGCAAGAAAGGAGUGGUCAAUCCUUACAAGAUUAAGUCGAGUGACAUUUCUGAUGAGGCUGCAGAAGUUCCUCCUCCUUCAUAUGAUGAUUUGGGCACCAUUACUGAUCCUGUCAUUGAACCCAGUACUGAGUCUAGUACUGUGUCACCUCAGGCCGCACCAAAUGACUAUUCUUAUUCUCAAGCUGAAGAAGUGUCACAAAUGAAUGGAGCUACUACUCUCUGUGUUACAUCACCAACUAAACAAACUAAAUAUGAUUCCGAUAAUCACUCAUCAAGUCGUUGGUUUGAAAAUCUCAUUGAUGAUAAUAUUGAGUCUACUUCUCUUCUUGUCUGGAAAUUCACUCAACAUCCACAUAAAGAUAACAAUAUUGCUGCUGCUACUUCCACACAAGAUGAAGAAGAGGCUGUUGAUGAUUGUGCUACAAUGCCACUUCAAAACCUUGAUCGGGAAGAACCUGGUCAUUUUGAUGUAUUGAUAGUUCCUCAUUAUACACCACAAGAUCCACAGCAAUUGGAAGUAGAGGAAGACAUAAAUAAUGAAGCGUAUGUGUGUUCAUUUGGUAAGGAAGAGAAUGAGGAAAUAAAGAAUGAAGACAAGCAAGCUUUGGUGAAGAAUAAUACUGAAGCUGAAAUGAAAAUUGAAGAUAAUGAUGAAUGUGUAUUAUUUUUAAGUCUAAUGAUCAUAUGCCUUGCUUGUGAAAUAUUGCUUAAAGAAGAGAAAGCCCAAGAAGAGAAAGCUUUAUCGAAAAAUAAUUGCAACAUUGGUGAACUUGAUACUCAAGUCAAUAAGCAAAUUGAAGUUGAAAUUUUUAUAGAUUAUGCUUGCUUUACUAUGGAUGAUGCUUACAUUACUACAGAUGACGAUUAUGAUAAUAUUACUACUGAUGUUUAUAUUACUACAAAAGUAGCCAUUGUUAAUCUAGCAUUGAUGGAAAUUGAAACCAAUGUAAUGGCAUUUCUAAGUUCGUUAACAGCAAGUUUUCAAAAAGUAUUCCAAUAUCAACCUCUUAUUAAGGUACUUAUGCUCAAUGAGAAGUUCAUAAAAAUUAUUAAAAAGAUCCUGGCACAAGCAAGAAAUAUAUUUUCUAUGCUGUACAUAGCAGCCACUGGGGGCCAACCUGAAUUUCAAAUAUUGUCUGUUGUGUGUUAAUAUUACAAAAAACUUGCAUAAUGCUUCCUUGUAUGUCAAUUUAUAUUAUUUGUUUUCCCUUUUAGAAACUCCUGCUUAUUGCUUUUUUGUUACACUAGUUGUUACAUGUAUUCAUGAUUAUUAUUAAUAAUUAUUGUUCAUUUAUUUCGAAUUAUUUGAAGGAA